UCAUCCUGGUUUCUCGAUCUCUCCUCCUAAUCUUCUAUAAAGUCGUGAGGAUUUUUCAAAUGCUGCAUGAAGAAUUAUCUUCUGAAAUUGCCCAAAGUGUAAAUCCUACGAACAAAAAAAUGGGCAACCCACAUAUCGUAGUCAUACCUUAUCCAGCACAAGGCCAUGUGAUUCCCUUUAUGGAACUCUCACAAUGCCUCGCAAAACAAGGAUUCAAAAUCACAUUUGUGAACACAGAAUAUAAUCAUAAGAGGGUCUUGAAAGCUUUGGGAGAGAACAAUUAUCUUGGGAGUGAAAUUAGUCUCGUCUCAAUCCCUGAUGGUUUAGAACCUUGGGAGGAUAGAAAUGAACUAGGAAAGUUAACUAAAGCAAUUUUUCAGGUCAUGCCAGGGAAGCUACAGCAGCUCAUAAACAGGAUCAAUAUGUCAGGAGAAGAAAGAAUUACCGGUAUCAUUACUGAUUGGUCAAUGGGCUGGGCUCUAGAAGUAGCAGAGAAGAUGAAUAUCCGCCGUGCUAUCUUUUGGCCUGCCUCAACUGCCGUACUGUGCUCUAUGCUUAGUAUUUCAAAGUUACUAAAUGAUGGAAUCAUUGACAAUGAUGGCACUCCACUAAAGAACCAGACAAUUCAGUUGGCACCAAAAAUGCCAGUGAUGGACACUGCAAAUUUUGCAUGGGCUUGCCUUCGUGACUUUACCACACAGAAAAUUAUUUUUGAUGUCAUGGUUAAAACCAUUGAGACAGUGAAAGUGGAAGACUGGAUAGUUUCUAACUCAGCAUAUGAACUUGAGCCUGGAGCUUUCUCUUUCGCCCCAAACAUAAUACCUAUAGGACCGCGUUUGGCAAGCAAUCGGCUAGGAGAUCAACAAGGAUACUUCUGGCCAGAAGAUUCAACAUGUUUGAAAUGGCUGGACCAACAGCCGCCCAACUCAGUUGUUUACAUUGCAUUUGGUAGCUUUACUGUUUUUGACCAAACACAAUUUCAAGAGUUAGCUCUAGGUCUUGAACUAUCCAAUAGGCCGUUCUUGUGGGUUGUCAGGCCAGAUAUUACAGCGGAGACAAAUGAUGCUUAUCCAGAAGGAUUUCAAGAGAGGGUAGCCAACCGUGGGCAGAUCGUUGGUUGGGCUCCUCAACAGAAAGUACUUAGUCACCCUUCUGUUUUGUGCUUCUUGAGCCACUGUGGGUGGAACUCCACCAUGGAGGGUGUAAGCAAUGGGGUACCUUUCUUGUGUUGGCCAUAUUUUGCUGACCAAUUUCUUAACGAGACGUACAUUUGUGAUGUUUGGAAGGUGGGAUUGAAGCUGGACAAAAACCAAAGUGGGAUCGUCACAGGGGAAGAAAUAAAGAAUAAGGUGGAGAAAGUUGUUGGUGAUGAAAAAUUCAAGGCAAGAGCUUUAGAACUCAAAAGAUUGGCCAUGCAGAAUGUUGGAGAAGGUGGUUGCUCAAGCAAUAAUUUCAAGAAUUUCGUUGAAUGGAUGAAGGCAUGAGCAAGAAGAGAUU